AUGCAACGCGCCGGGAUGGCGGGGCGCGGCCCCCUGCCCCUGCCCCUGCUCUGCCUCUGCCUGGCGCUGGCCUCCGCCGCGGGCUCCGAGGCUCCCUUCUCCCCGCCGCUGGGGGACAUCGGCGCCUGCCAGCAGCGCUGCGGCCACCCCCCAGGCGCAGCCCGGGAUGCCGUGCUCAACGCCUGUUACCGAGGAUGCCGGCUGUUCUCCAUCUGUCACUUUGUGGAUGCGAGCGCCGAGCUGAACACAACCAGAGCCGAAUGUGAAUCAGCUUGUAUCGAAGCCUAUGGCAGCGCCGAGGAGCAGUUCGGCUGCACGACUGGAUGCAGGAAGCAGCUGCCCGAAUCGCAGAGCCGGAAAGACAAGAGUCUGGAGCUGCAGCCCGUGUCCUUCUCCAUGUUUGACUUGGUCUCCAGCUUUUGCAACGACAUCGUCAGCUCUGCCCAGAGCUUCAUCUCCUCCACCUGGACCUUCUACCUGCAGGCAGACGAUGGCAAAGUGGUGGUGUUCCAGUCCCAGCCGGAGAUCGAGUACCCGGUGCCCGAGGCGCCAGCGCCCAAGUCGGAGCUGAUGGAGAAGUCCUGGCCUGUCUCCAGUCCUAACACCCUGAAGCCCCACAUAGGCCCCCAGGAAAAGCUGGAGAAACCCCCCAUGAAAGAGCCAAAGAGCAAAGCCAAGCUCCAGCACCUGGAGACCCAACAACCAGAGCACGACUUCCUGGGCUGCAUGUCCAAGCGCUCAGGCCUUCCUCGCUGGAUCCUGGCUGCCUGCCUCUUCCUCUCCAUCAUGGUGAUGUUGUGGCUCAGCUGUGCCAGCCUAGUGACCGCCCCGGACCAGCACAUCAAGACCCAGCCGCUGAGCAUUAACGGCGAUAAGGAGUACCUGGAGGACCUGGAUGGCUCGGCCCCCUUUUCUCUGCACCCUGUGAUUGCUGUCACCAUCUGCCCAGCGGACGACAACGAGGAGGCGGGGCCGCUGCCGGUCAAGGUGGAUCUGGACAAAACCGUGAUCUAG